CACGUUUUACAUCCCUGACUUCAUCCGGCGCUAUAAAGGUGGCCACGAGUUGGCACUGUAAGCGAGAGUCCAUUUUGGAGUGUGGCCUUUUUUAGCGCCUAUAUUUUACAGUAAUCAAAAAAGACCAUAAUGGCCGACGCGGAGAAUCAGUUCAUGGAGACCUCCGAGAACGGGAACGAGGAGGACUUGAACGGAGCGGAGAUCGCAGAGGAGGCCGCGGCGGAGGAGGACGAUAACGGAACCGGCGAGGGAUCUCAGAUCGACGCGAGCAAGGGCGAGGAAGAUGCCGGAAAAAUGUUUGUCGGCGGUCUCAGCUGGGACACCAGUAAGAAAGACCUGAAGGACUAUUUCUCCAAAUUCGGAGAGGUGACCGACUGCACCAUCAAAAUGGACUCUAACACCGGCCGGUCGCGAGGCUUUGGCUUCAUUCUCUUUAAAGAGGCAGAAAGUGUAGAGAAGGUGUUGGUGCAAAAGGAACACAGACUAGAUGGGCGUCAGAUCGAUCCCAAGAAAGCCAUGGCCAUGAAGAAGGAGCCGGUCAAGAAGAUCUUUGUUGGCGGCCUCAACCCUGAGACUACCGAGGAGAAGAUCCGCGAAUAUUUCGGAGCCUUUGGAGAGAUGGAAACUAUUGAACUUCCAAAUGAUCCAAAAACAAACAAAAGGAGGGGAUUUGUUUUCAUCACGUUCAAGGACGAAACCUCUGUCAAACAAGUUCUUGAGAAGAAAUACCAUAAUGUCAGCGGAAGCAAGUGUGAGAUCAAAAUUGCCCAGCCCAAGGAAAUCUACCAGCAGCAGCAGUACGGGAAUCGUGGCGGCGGCGGUGGAGGUGGUGGCUUUGGAGGUCGCGGAAGGGGACGUGGAGGCCAGAACCCAAACUGGAACCAGGGAUAUAACAGCUACUGGAACCAGGGUUAUGGGAAUCAGGAUUAUGGCGGAUAUGGAGGCCAGCAGGGUUAUGGCGGAUAUGGGGGCUACGGUGGUUAUGGCAACUAUGACUACUAUGGCUACGGUGCAGGCUAUGAAUACGACCAGGGCAAUACAAGCUACGGCAAAACGCCAAGACGCGGAGGUCACCAGAGUAGCUACAAGCCAUACUGAUCACAUGUACAACAGGACCGAAGUAUUCUCCAACCAAGAGUCCGUGACACGACGACAACAGUUCAAGGACUCUUCCCUUCUACAGACAAGAUCAUGAUCCAUUUGUACAGAACCGAUGAAUAGGGAAGGCAAAGUCACACUUCCACGUUUUUUAUUUUAAUUUUAUUUUCCUUUGUCCACAUUUCCAGGGAUGGAAGUGUAAUUUUUACUGUACUUUUUGGUACCUUUUUUGAAUAAUGUAUUGUAUGGUUGUAUUUUACAUGUCUACUGGAUUACCACAUGAGGUUCGGGAGCUGCCAGAGCUUUUGAAAUAAAACAAUUUUGAGUAA